AUGGGUCUCUUAGACGCCGUCUCGGGCGCUGCCCAGAAGACCAAGGCUGUGGCCAGCGGCUCCAAGGAAGAACAAGCCGCAACAGUCGAUGGCGCUGCAGCUGAGGAUACCGAGGAGCUAGACGAGGAGGCGGGGAACAUCUUGAUGAGCCUUAUCGGGCAGCUGCGGAUAGGUAUGGACCUUUCCAAGGUCACCUUGCCCACCUUUGUCCUGGAACCUCGAAGCAUGCUGGAGCGCAUCACCGUGAGUAGAUUUGCGCGCCUAGGGUAAUGCGUUCCACGCUUGAGAGACUUCAACUUACUAAGCAGUCCGCUGUUCUGCCUGUUGUUAGGACUUCAUGAGCCACCCUGACCUUAUCUUUGGGUAAGCUUUGGGCGCCCCGACUUGGCCCGCGAAAUGGCCUGCCUGCUCAUCCCUCCGUCUUCGUUUUCCCAGAGCUGGUGCCAUUGACGACCCCGAAAAGCGCUUCAUUCAAGUCACGAGGUACUAUUUGUCCGGUUGGCACAUCAAGCCAAAGGGUGUAAAGAAGCCGUGAGUUGAAUGAGCCAGAGGAGAUGCGAGCGAUGGACGCCGAGCUUGGAGCUCUCAGCUCGGGGACACUCAGAGUAGCGAGACCAAAUUCUUGCAAACCUCUGCAUCUCGCAACGUAUUGCUGCCCGCGAUUGGGCAUCAGUUCUGCAACGAGCUGACAAGGGAACGCCUGCACGCUGUAGUUACAACCCUGUGCUCGGCGAACACUUCCGCUGCUCUUACACGUAUCCGAACGACACACAGGGAUACUACAUCGCCGAGCAAGGUGAGAACUCUGCAUCUUGCUCUGCGAUAGAGGGACGAGGACUGACCCACAAAUGCGGCUUGUGCUCUAGUUUCGCACCAUCCACCCAUCAGCGCGUACUUUUACGUGUCGCCCGCAAACAACUUGAUGAUCUACGGCGAGCUGAAGCCGAAGAGCAAGUUCCUUGGCAAUUCAGCGGCAAAUGUCAUGGGCGGUCAAAAUCGAGUCGUACUGUUCGACAGGCUGGAGGACGGAGAGUAUGAAAUUGGCAUGCCAAACAUGUGAGUCAAGGCGCAAGCGGCACUUUCGCAUCCAAAUCUUGGGCUGACGCGCAUCCGAGGUUGGCAGGUACGCCCGAGGCAUCUUGUUCGGGAAGAUGGUGCUGGAAUUGGGUGAUCAGAGCAAGAUCAGGAAUGAAGCCAACGAUUUGACUGCGGAUGUCGAGUUCAAGACGAAGGGGUACUUCACUGGAACUUAUAACGCUAUUGCUGGCAAGGUGACCCGGGGCUCCAAGCACAUUGGGGACAUCAGCGGGAAAUGGAAUGAAUCGAUGGAGUACAAGAAUGUCAAGGUGAGAUGAUCAACGAUUUGGCACGACCGAGCUGCGAGGUCAGGGCUGACAGCGCGUGCCUCAUUACUGAAGAGCGGAGAGACAGAGGAGCUGUUCAAUGCAAAGACUGCGAAGAUCAUUCAGAAAACCGUUCGACCAGAAGAGGAGCAGGAGGAAUUCGAGUCGAGAAGGCUUUGGUCAAAGGUAACCGAGGGCAUCAAGGAAAAGAAUCUGGACAAAGCCACCGAGUCCAAGUCUGCGAUCGAGGACGCACAGAGGCAACGCGUCAAAGAGCGUGAAGAGAAGGGAGAGACGUGGCAGCCGAGAUUCUUCGUGGCGAAGGGCGACAAAUUCUACCCGAAGAUCGAGUGAGUGCAAAUCAUGAGAAGGAUGGCCGACACCAGAAUGGACUUCGCUGAUCAUGCUUUGCGCACAUUGUGCAGCGCUUUGCCCGAGGAGAUGCGCCCGGAUGUAGUCACCAAGUACUUCUCAUGA